UAUGGGUAAUAUUAACAAAUCGGUAUUAUGCCGAUGUAUUGAUAAACAGCAAUGUUCUCCUCUGAGUAAGCAAACCGGAAGCGCUCAAUGGUUACCUCCCACGGAAGCUUGGAACUCGACCUCUUCUUAUGGACUAGAAAAGGCUAUAGAUAAACGGGGAAAGAAUUAUUAUAUAGAGUACAUUUUCUUUGCUUCUAAUGAACAAUACAUCAAAGAGACUUCCUCCUCUGAUUCUGAAGCAUCUGAAAAUGAAGCAGAUUCUGAGCUGAGAACUGUAGAACUCUUACGAGAUCCAAAUGCUGCCUUUGGUUUUGUAGCUGGUAGCGAAAAGCCAGUCGUUGUUCGAUUUGUAACGGAAGAUGGACCUAGUUUCGGAAAGUUAUUGCCUGGCGACGAAAUUAUUCGCAUUAACGAUGAAUACGUGGAAAAAUCACCUCGUGAACAUGUUAUAGAGCUUGUCAGAUCUAACAAGACAUCAAUAACUCUCUCAGUUAAACAGCCUUCGUACGAAAAGACUCAAAAGUGUAAGAAACGUCGCAAAAGGACUGUUAUCUUACCGGAAACUUUAAAACGUCUAGAAGAUGUAUUUGCGGAAGAAAGAUGGCCUAGCCGACCAGCUAAGUUGAAAUUGGCUCAAGAGCUAAAUCAAACGGAGCAAUUCGUUAAUAUAUGGUUUCAAAAUAAACGUGCUAGAAUGAAAAGGGAACAAGCCAAGAUAAGGCAAGAGACGGAACAGAGUGAAGAUUUUGCUCGUCAGCAAGUUCAGAAUUUUUUUGAGAUGAGUGAUGAGGAAGAUAGCGAGGAAGUAAAAGAGGCAAUAGAAGAUGAAGGAAAAAUAAUAUUCAUUGAUUCGUUACAAGCUUUCGAGUACUUUGCGAAAAAGGAAUCGUGUCCCAAGCAGAAAAUUCUUCCUUGCCGAAAGAUGGCGCAAAUGUCAUUACAUGGACAAAAUAAAAGUCCUGAAAGAUUCAAUGUACCCAUAACAGAUGAGGCAGAAGAGAGAGAAAGCAAAGUAAAUUUUAUUGGUGAGCUCAACUUUCCGGAAAUCAGUUUGAGGAAUUCUUUAGCAAUCUGUUUUCAAGAUCAAGGUCGUUUCAUAGUUGAUAUUCCUGAUGAUCUUUUACCAUUUUAUCUGCACGUUGUUUUAACAUACGCACCUGCUUUUUUACGGGCUCAAACAAUCGUUACUCGAACGGAAAUAGUUGGUAGGCAAUUAAAAGAAGUAGUUGACAAUCACGCUGUUUCUCUCCAAUCCCCUUCGCCAAGAAAGGCAAUUUUAACAAGGGUUUUAGACAACGUAAAUAUAGCUCACCCAGUAAACUUAUUCAACUUGCCCAUAACUGUUGAAUAUCCCGGACUUCGUUAUCAUAAACGUCCAAAUUAUUCUGUAAACGGUAUCCUUGGAGAUUGUGAAAAAACCUUCUCAGAGCCGAAAUAUGAAGAUGAAAAGGGAAAUAUUAAAGUAAAUGAUCCAAGGUAUACGGCUUGCUAUGUGAGAAUGUUGGACGAACAUUCAGCUGUUGAGGAGAUUAAAAUCGUCUAUGUUUACCAAGGAGAAAGUUGUAGCACUGCCUACUUGGGACCUCGAUUAGAAUCUGGGAGGCAACCAAAUCAUCAAAUUUAUGACACAUCUAUUGUUACUCCUUUAACGUCAUUUAAACAGCACAUUAAUGCUGCGUCAAAUAGUUCCAUGCCAGUUUAUGUUUAUACACUAGCUUAUCCGAACAGGUCUAAAAUUGAUCAUUCUGCUCAUGUAAUUGUUGAAGCUGCGUCUUUCAAAUGA